GGAUGAAUUUUCGAUAGUUAUUAGUGAUUUGUCCGCGUAACUUUAUUUCUAAUUUUGCUGUUGGUGGCACGAGUUAAAAUGCUGAUUAGAUGCAAGAUGCAACAAUGAAAAUUAUUUAUUAAAUAAAUAGUUAAGCUGAUAUAUAAAUAAAUAUUUACUGAUUCAGCAACCUUUCCUUAGCAUGUGUACGAGGAAUGUCAGUGCCAACAGACUGCGUAAUAAACACCAUGUAUAAUACAACAGCUCUAUUGAAGAGAGGUUUUGCCCAUUAGGGGCUUUGACAAAACCUUUGUGAGCAAAAACUUUCUUCAGUGAAACUGUUAUAAGUGUUGCAUAUGUACGUUUACUUUUCACUGGAUCACUGGAGUGUAAAAAAAGCAGGAAGAAAGGCAGCAGUGCAGGCGUUUAACUACACAGGAGGGGCCAUGAAGUACCUGCUGGUGAUAGUGGCUCUGCUGGAAGCAGUCGUAACGGCGGCCUUCAGUGACAACGUAGAUUUUCAGAGAUUAUUGCUGCAGCAGCAGCAACAGCAGCAGGACGACAAUCAAGGAGAUAUCUGGGCAGUAUUAUUGGCUGGCUCUAGCGGCUGGUUUAACUACCGUCACCAGGCGGACGUGUGUCAUGCCUACCAGAUCCUGCACCAGCACGGUGUUCCUGACGACCAUAUCAUCGUUAUGAUGUAUGACGACAUCGCCCACGACGUUCAGAACCCGACCCCUGGUGUGAUCAUCAACCGUCCAGGAGGACCUAACGUCUACGAGGGCGUUCUCAAGGACUACACUGGCAGGGACGUCACUCCAGAGAACUUCCUGAAGGUACUUAGCGGCGACGCUGAGAGCCUGAGGGGUGUGGGCUCUGGCAAGGUGCUGAAGAGUGGUCCCAACGAUCGUGUCUUCAUCAACAUGGUGGACCACGGUGCCCCUGGCAUCUUCGCCUUUCCUAACGACUACCUCAACGCCACCGAUCUCGUUGACGCUAUUCUGGCUAUGCAUCGAGCCAGCAGAUACAGCCAGAUGGUGAUGUAUGUGGAGUCGUGCGAGUCUGGCUCCCUCUUCAAGAGUCUCCUUCCUGAUGAUAUAAAAGUGUACGCGCUGAGUGCGUCUGCCCCUAACCAACACUCAUACGCCUGCUAUGAGGACGACACUCUUCAUACCUUCUUGGGCGACGUCUUCAGCGUCAAGUGGAUGGAGGAUACCGACGUGGAGAACCUCAAAAAGGAGACUUUGAAACAGCAGUACAAACUUGUGCGCCACGAGGUGGUGACUUCUACCGUCAUGCACUGGGGAGAACUACGACUGGCAUCCCAGAAACUCUCCAGGUUCCUCGGUAAUAAGGACUCCCAUCCCAACACCAGCCAACUCAGUGUCGCUACCGACAUCGAAAAUCUCGUAAACUACCCAACAAUAUCGAAAUGGAACGAUCCUUGUUUGAAUACCUCCGUCGCUAGUGACGACGUUCCAGUGGCCAUCCUCAAGUCUCGCGUGCGCUCAGCUGCCAGCGCUCUUGAAAAGCAACACUGGAAGGAAGCUCUCAAAUCCCUACUGCUGAACCGGGUUCACGUAAGGUCCGUGAUGCAGAGCCUGGUGUCGGAGAUGACUGGAAAUCAGGUGGUGACAACGAUGAUCACAGCUAAGGAUCACAGCCACGACAUCUCCCGCUGGGAUUGCUACCAAGACUCCGUCAGGACCUUCCAUACACACUGCUUUGAUCUGUCCCAGAACACGUACGCUCUGAGAGUCCUGAAGAUCAUCGUCAACUUGUGUGAGCACGGCUACACCCACCAGCAGUUCCUGGAAGCCGCCAGAGUUGUGUGUACUCACAGCUCUUUCACGGGUAUCAUCUGAGAUCCCUGCUGGAGAACCCACACCCACGCAGGAAACCCACACCCAAGCAGGGAACCCACACCCACGCAGGGAACCCACACCCAAGCAGGGAACCCCACACUCCCGCAAGGAACCCACACCCACGCAGGGAACCCACACCAAAUUCUUGCUAUAUUUUAAAGGCAUUAAAGAAGAAAAUUUAGUAGUUAAGCCUGUGAAAGUUGCUUUUUAUAUAUGCGGAUGCGCUAAGUGCACCGCCAUUGUUUUCAAUAAAUAAAUUUAAAAUAA